AUGGUCAAAGACAACGAAACCGUCAUCUCAGAAUUCAACGACCUAGUCAACAUGACCGCCUCCGAACUGCAAGCCUGGCUAGGAAAAGAAGAAUCCGCCGGCGCAGGCUGGGACAAAGACGACGGCUCGGGCGAGACGAUCGGUCAUGAGAGUGGUCGCAAGAUCAUCGACAUCCUGGAGAAGAACCCGAAGAAGGAGCCUGAGAAGUAUGAUCAGGAUGACAUUGAUCAUAUGAGGAGGGUUGUUGCUUACAACAAACGCCAUUUGGCUCAAGAAGGCAAGGCCAAACAGGAUCCUAACAGCAAGAGUGCGAAGAGUCUGAAGAAUUGGGGCCAUGAUCCACAGAAGUCGUAG